AUGUCGCUCUUUAAUGCGUAUAUGCAGGAGGAGCGUGCUCGGGAGCGGCACCGACAGAUGGCAACCGACCAAGAGGAUCGGCAUCGAAAGGCGCAACAGCAGCGUGCGCGGCAACAGGACGCCCAAACGGCCGUGGUGGAUGACCUCAUUCGCACCCGACGCACCCAGGCUCGCCACUUGCAGGCCUUCAAGCAGCAUCAGCAGCUACAGCAGGAUGAGCACCAAUCUGCUUUGCUAGAGCAACGCCAGUCCAGUACAGCGCGUCUGCAAGCCGAGCGCGAAGCUGGCGCUCGACGCCGCCUGGCCGCCCUUGAUGAAGCCCGCGGGCUGGCUCGGCCCGUCUUCUCAAUCCACAAACUUAGUCUGCACGCUGCGCCUAACCUCGCUUCGUCUCACAUCGCAUGGUACAGGGGCACCAGCGUGUUUUCCAGCACCAACACGCCCCGCACGCCGCUCUCCCAUAUUGACCGCAUGACCAAGAGUCCCUUCCAAAAGCUCAGGCAGCACCAUCGCAUCCCGUACAAAUUCACCCUCAACGUCCUUGUCAUCAUCUUUCUCUCCGCAUUCUACAUCAUGAAAAACUUUCAAUACUCAUACUACAUGGACAGCAACACAGCCAUGCUCCGCAGUCGCCUCGGAAACAGCGCUGAUGACUGGCCCAUGUCCGAGUAUGGCCAAACCUUAAUCUACACGGUGGACAACUUUGUGAACCAUUUUCGCACCAGCAUGGACAACUAUUGGUCCUUCAACGAGUCGGCCCUCUCUGAAUACGAAGUUAACCAGCAGCUCAAGCUUCGCGUCAAGUAUUCCAAUGGCACAAUCACGUCCGACGUCAUGACGUCCGAGAACAACCGCUAUGGCAUCAUAGGCCAGCUCAACGGCUCCAAACUCGUCGAAUUCCUGCGUGUCGUGGACACGCUCGCCAUUGAUUACACCUUUGAAAACCUGCAAAAGGCAGAUCACAAACACGCCACCGUCAUGGAUGUCCAUCACCGCUGGCACUGCAACGCCCUCUACGACCUCACUUACGAUAACGGCUGCGCCGUCUACCAGCUUCGCAUAUCCAACACCAUUCUCUCCACCAGCCAACCCGUCCUGCUCGUCAUCAGCAGCAUCAUCAUCACCCUUUGCAUUCCCAGCGCAGCCUUGACCCUGCGCGCGCUCUGGCGCUCCUUUGGCGCCUUCAAAUAUGCUCGCACCAAUCUCAAGCGUGCUCCCGUCAUGACCUCUGUCAAUGGCGGCGCCUCCCGCCUGCCCGCCAACGAAAUCAUGUGGCACCAUCUCAAGCUCUCUGAUAAACUGGCCUUUUUCAAUCUUUGGCAUGUCACAACCGUUCUCGGCGAUAUACUCUUAAUCAUCGGUGGCACCCUCAACUAUUCAAAGCAGCUGGGCUACCAAACCGACAAACACGACUCCCUGAGCUCCUCAGACAUUUGCCACGCCUUGGGUGGCUUUCUCGUUUGGGUGGGCAUGCUCAAGUUCUACGAGUGGGAUAGCGAACUUUACAUGCUUAUCCUUUCCGUCAAGGCCUCCCUUUCACGCGUAUCCAAGUUUGUCUUCUGCGUCACGCCCGUGUACAUGGCCUACGUGCUCGUCGGCGUGGCCUGCUUCUACGAUCACCAGGACCUCUUCGGAGACAUUUUCAAGUCAAGCCGCACGCUCUUCAGUCUCCUCAACGGUGACUCGGUGCUGGCCGUCUUCCAAGAGCUCCGGGAGAAUUCCGAUCUGGGCUACGACGUUUUUGCUCAGAUUUACAUUUACUCCUUCUGCAUCAUCUUUAUUGUCAUUAUUUGCAACGUUUUCAUCUUCAUCGUCGAGUCGGGCUAUGAUGCGGCUCUGAACGCCGUAUAUGGGCCAGAGGAGGUGCUGUCCGUUUUCAUUGACCACCAGCGUUUGCGCGACAUCCUUUUGGUCGCCAGUACUCGGGAUCCCAAUCACACCUAUGUGCCCGACUCUCUUUUGAACCAGCUCGAAGAACCCCCUUCGCCGGAGCUGCAUCAUCGUUUGCGGUUGCGUCGCGGUUCGCGCGGCGAGAUUAAUCGAAGCUUUCGCUCCCAUUCCUUCUUCCGUGCACGCUCGAUGGACCGCAUGGAUCAGCUUGGUCGAGCAUUUGGUGCGGGGGCUUCCUUCAGUGGCGACAACACCCAUCAAACAGCAACUCCUCGAGCAAGCGUUCCCGUCACCGGAACUCCUGCCGAGCAACGCGCAGCACUCGCUCAAAACGUGCAGCACCUGCAAGCGCGUUUGCAAUCGCUCAACUCUGAUAUGGCCAACACUUUGCAGGAGUUGCAAGCCGCCAAUGCCCAGCUCCAAACCCUAGCUGCUGCGGAGGCUGCACAGACACCAGACUCUGAGGCGUAA